GCAACCAAACAGUAUUAGGGACAGACACAGCGACGGCCAUUGACAGAGGCACAACUCCAUUCUCCAUUAGUUAAGGAUACAAUGCGACUGACAUGACUACAGUCCUGAAAGAGAAGCACCGAGCCCUGGAGAGGUUGUCCUGCAGACUGCUGGUACAGCAGCUCUUAUCAGAGUAAACUAAUGUCAUGGUAUUGCUACUCAAUCUAACUCUACUGCUACAGCUCAAUGUCUGCCGUGUGGGGCGUACAAGGAGCAUGUCUGCCCCGGUGUAGUGUUACACACACCGUUGUGUCUAUUUCUGAUGUCCCCACUCUCUCUUCUCUCUCUCUCUCUCUUCUCUCUCUCUCUCUCUUUCUCUCCCCUCUCUCCAGGUUUAACAGAGCCAUCUUGACCCUCCAGGGUGAGAGAUGGACCCCCAGGUGAUGGUGCCUGGUCAGGCUGAACAUGGACUUCUUCUGCUGGGGCAGCUGGAGAGGAUGUGGGGUGCCAGGGAACUAACUGACGUGGUUCUCCUGGCCGAGGGCAUUCCCUUCCCCUGCCACCGGGUGGUGCUAUCCGCCUUCAGCCCUUACUUCCAGGUAAGAUAAUUGUGCUUGUUUCAAUGAACCCCAAAUAAAUAUUUACAAUUUUACCAUGGUGUUUACCAUACUUCUGUCAUCCCGACCCUGUUGUCCCUCCAGGCCAUGUUUACCUGUGGUCUGAGGGAGACCCGUGGAGGUGAGGUGCCUCUCAGGGACACUCCUGCCCAGAGCCUGGAGCUGCUCCUGGGGUACAUGUACCGCGCCCAGCUGCCUCUCUCCCAUGACAACACUCAGGGAGUGGCCGCUGCUGCCUUCCUGCUGCACAUAGACGGGGCAUUCAGGUGGGUUCAGGUGGCUACUGUUAGCCAUGACACGACUAACACAAUCACUACAUUAUGGUCACUAUUACAGGUUGUGCCAGAGCUACAUGUUGGACAGCAUGGAUACUUCCAACUGUGUAGGACUGUACCACUGGGCCAGAGACCUGGGGGCCGCUGACCUGGUAGAUCUCGCCCUGAGAUACUUGUGUCGUCACUUUUCCCAGGUAGGACCGUAUCAUUCAGUAUAAUCUAAGAUUUCUGCCCAACCGCCACAGUCAUGGCUAUUUCCUCUUCUCACCACAACAGAGCAGUAGUUUCCUGCAUCUCUCUACAGAGCUGUCUGAGAUAUAAACAUUUAUUACACGUAUUACCUCCACUCUCCCUCCUCUCUCUUACAACGUCAUCUCUUUGUAUCACCUCUCUUCUCUUUCUCUCUCUACCCUCCUCCCCUCUCCUUCUCUCUCCAGGUGUGUCAGGAAGAGGAGGUGUUGGAGUUGGAUGCCCAGAGUCUGGGGGGUCUGCUGGGUUCAGACGACCUGAAUGUGACCCAGGAGGAGAGCGUCCUGGAACUGGUGCUGCGCUGGGUGGAGAAGCGCAGGGGAGAUGAGCAGAGUGAGGCCCAGGCCGUGGAGCUCCUCAGGCGGGUACGACUGGAGCUGAUAGACCCCAACUUCCUCAGGAGGGCCAGGAGGAGAAACCCGGUGCGGAUGGAAAGAGAAAGAGGAGAGGAUGGAGAGAAGGAGAUUUUAAAGCUACGUCCAUCCUACUAAUUGUAAGUCUAUGGUUUCAGGUAUUACUCCGGGAUGCGGAAUGCUUCGGGAUGAUCGACGCGGCUCUCCAGACUUCCUAUCUCUCUGUGGCGGCUGCCCCCCCUCGCCCCACCCUGCGUUACGGGAUGGAGACCACAGACCUGCUCCUCUGCCUGGGGGGAACUGAUGAAGGGGGCGUCCCAGCCCGCCGCGGGGGUCAGGCUGACCUCAGCUUCUGCUUCGCCCCCCAGGCCAGAAGGACGUACUACAUCCCCUCUCCAGUGAAGGGGACAGGGACGAUCACGGCAGGGGCGGUGACACGGGACAACAGCAUAGUGGUGGCUGUAGAAGAGGAGGACGAACACAGGACCAAGAGGCUGGGGAUGUACAGGUGUGUGUGUGUGUGUGUGUGUGUGUGUGUGUGUGUGUGUGUGUGUGUGUGUGUGUGUGUGUGUGUGUGUGUAUAAUACAUACCUGUCCUCUGUCGUCUGCCCAGGUAUGAUCAAUCUUGUGAGGGCAGCUGGGAGGAGCUAUGCUGGGUGGGGUACAGGGACAUGUAUGUCCUGGCGGCGCUUGGCGAUGCCCUCUACCUGCUGGGGGGACAGAUGAAGGUCAGGAACCAUUACGUCAUCACCAACAGUGUUGAGAGGUGGUCGCUGAGAAGGGGCGGGUCCUGGCUGAGCUUCGCCCCUCUGCCUCUCCCAUUGGCCUGUCACUGUGUGGUCAGCCUCAAGGACCACCUUUACGUGCUGGGGGGCUGGACGCCACAGGUGAGCAGGGAUGUCAGUCAAUAAACCAAUCAAUCACAUAUAGGUUAUGUGAUGCUUUUACAAAUGCAAUUGUUACAAAGUGCAACUUGGGAAAAACUCUCAUCCUCCUCCCUUCUCACCCCCAACCUCUCUCUCCCCCCCCUCCAGUCGGACCGUCCAGACGAUGAGCCAGACAGGCUGAGUCGCCGUGUGUUCCAGUUUGACCCAGGCAAGGACCGGUGGAUAGAGUGUGAGAACAUGAGGUACUCACGCUACCGCUGUGGGGUCGCUACACUCAAUGGAGAGAUCUACAUCCUAGGUUAGACCAGUGUUUUGUCUUUCUUUUUCUCACUUCAUCCAGAUGGAGGCAUGAGGGCAAAAACAGUUGGAACAUAUACUGAACCAAAAUAUAAACGCAACAUACUGAGUUACAGUUCAUAUAUGGAAAUCAGUCAAUUGAAAUAAAUAAAUUAGGCCCUAAACUAUGGACUUCACAUGACUGGGAAUACAGAUAUGCAUCUGUUGGUCACAGAUACCUUUAAAAAAAGUAGGGGAGUGGAUCAGAAAACCAGUUAGUAUCUGGUGUGACCACCAUUUGCCUCAUGAAGCGUGACACAUCACCUUUACAUAGAGUUGAUCAGGCUGUUGAUUGUGGCCUGUGGAAUGUUGUCCCACUCCUCUUCAAUGGCUGUCGUACAUGUCAAUCCAGAGCAUCCCAAACAUGCUCAAUGGGUGACAUGUCUGGUGAGUAUGCAGGCCAUGGAAGAAGCGGGACAUUUUUAUCUUCCAGUAGUUGUGUACAGAUCCUUGCGACAUUGGGCCGUGCAUUAUCAUGCUGAAACAUGAGGUGAUUGCGGCGAAUGAAUGACACUACAAUGGGCCUCAGGACCUUGUCACGGUAUCUCUGUGCAUUCAAAUUGCCAUCAAUAAAAUGCAAUUGUGUUUGUUGUCCGUAGCUUAUGCCUGCCCAUACCAUAACCCCACCGCUACCAUAUGGCACUCUGUUCACAACGUUGGCAUCAACAAACCGCUCACCCACACAACACCAUACAUGUGGUCUGCGGUUGUGAGGCCGGUUGGACGUAGUACCAAAUUCUCUAAAACUGCACAUUUUAGAGUGGCCUUUUAUUGUCCCCAGCACAAGGUGCACCUGUGUAAGGAGCAGGCUGUUUAAUCAACUUCUUGAUAUGCCACACCUGUCAGGUGGAUGUAUUAUCUUGGCAAAGGAGAAAUGCUCACUAACAGAGAUGUAAACAAAUUUGUGGACAAAAUUUGAGAGAAAUAAGCUUUUUCUGCGUAUGGAUCAAUGUCUGGGAUCUUGUAUUGCAGCUCAUGAAACAUGGGACCAACACUUUAGAUGUUGCGUUUAUAUUUAUUUUCAGUGUAUAUGUGUGUUCUCCAGGGGGUAUAGGGUGUGAGGGGGAGGACCAGGGCCAAUCUCGUCGCUGCCUGAGCUCAGUGGAGAUCUACAACCCAGAAGAAGAUACCUGGAGAUCAGGGCCAACCCUCCCCACCGCUCUCCUCUCUCUACGAACCAACGCCUCCAACAUUGGGGAGGUGGAGGGCAAGCUGUACCUCUGUGGCUACUACAAGGGGGCAGGUGAGAACUGAACACAUCUAUACUGAUCAAUCAAUAAAUGAAUCAAUCAAUUAUCAAUCAUAUUUUGACAGGUCGCCAUGAGAUCAUCACCAAGGAGAUCUUAGAGCUGGAUCCCAAGGACAACGUGUGGACGGUGGUGGAGCGUCGAGCAGCCAUGCAUGACAGCUACGACGUCUGUCUGGUGGCCAACCUCAACCCCCGUGAUCUCUCAACCCUGACCUCUGACCCUUGAUGGAUACAGGACAAAAAUGGCCUAUUCAGAGGACGAGAAAACACAGAGACAAUAUUGCACAAAGAAGGACUCAUGUUGCUAUAGGCCUACCCUAUAACUUUGUUUCAUCAUCAAGACAUGAUAGCCUAUUAACUUAUAAGUACUGUAUGUGGUAUCCCUCAGAAGAAAGGAUAAGGUAUGGAAAUCAAUUGCUUUGUAAACUCACACUCUGUAAGGACAGCCUAAGCUACAGACCAGGGGUAUUCAACUCUUAC